AUGUACACCACCUGGGCCUUCCAUCCGCCGCUUCCUGGCUACGAGUUCAGUGACAUCAUCGGCCAGGGCGGCUAUGGCGUGGUGAAGCUCGCCCGCCAGCUGACCACGGGCAGGGACGUGGCGCAGCAGGGCAGGUUCGUCUUCCUGGUCAUGGAGCUGGCCAGCAGGGGCACCCUGGAGUGCUAUGUGCAUGAGCAGGGCGGCCUGGGGGAGCAGGAGGCCAGCUUGCUCUUUGCCCAGAUCCUGUCGGCCAUGGAAUAUUGUCACACCAGCUGCAUAGCACACAGGGACAUCAAACCGGGCAACAUUUUGCUGGACUCCAACAUGCAUGUCAAGCUGGCCGACUUUGGGCUCAGCUGCCGGCUGCCCAAGGGCACGCGGAUAAGGGGCUUUCACGGGACCCCCGAGUACUGUGCCCCGGAAACCUUUUCCGGGGAGGAAUACGAUGCCUUUCUGGCGGACAUGUGGAGUGUGGGGGUGACUCUCUUUGAGAUGGUGACGGCAACACUGCCCUUCACUGGGGACACUGCAGAGGAACUUCAGAACCGCAUCGUGGCUGGCGGCUACGUGCUGCCACGGUCCUGCAGCCCGGCCCUCACCGAGCUCCUGGGCUUCCUGCUCAGCGUGGAGGCCUGGGCCAGGUUCACCGCCCAGGUCGCCAGGACGCACUGGUGGUUCGGCUCCUGCGCCCAGGAGCCGCAGGACAGCCCCGUGCCCAGGGAGGACUCUGUCACGCUGCUGGAGCUCCUCAGUGUCCCCCAGGACCUCAAGGACAGGCAGUACCUCUCAGAGCUCGGCCUGCUGCCUGGCAGCACGGCACAGGGGACGCCAGAGCCUGCGGCCCACAAGUCCGGCUGCCAGCCGCCUUGCUGCUUGCCAAGCGCUGGCAGCCAUGGCGCUCAGGACUCCUUACAUCUGAGCUCCUUCCACAGCGACUCGGUGUGCUUUACGCCCAGCUCCUCCACAGCCAGCCUCUCCAGCGAGCCCUCAGGCCAGCUGCAGGAAGAGCAGAGCUCCGUUUCCAGCGCAUCCCACGAGCCGGUGCCUGAGGCCUCCUGCUCCGUGGCCAGCACCAGCAGCCCAACGGACCUCGCAGAGCCGGAAGUGGAGGCGCCACGAGAGCCUGAGAACACCGGGACGCCCAUGCCCGCCAAGGAGGGGAAGCGGGGCUUCCGUGGGGCCUGCAGGAGGUUCCUGAAGUUCCUGCAGCGCGCCUGCUGCAUCCGGCAGGACCCGGACAGGGGCCCCGGCCUGCGCUCCCGAAAAGUGGCCCCUGAAGACUCUGCCCAGUCCAAAUUAAGAUGA